GGGCGCGCGGGGAGCGCAGAGGGCCUGCUGCGUGCAAUUACAAAUGAGCCGCGAGCAGAGCGAGCGAGCCACAGUCGCUGUCCCGCCCGCCUCCCGACGAGGAGUUCGAAGGAAGAGCGGAGCCCUCGCCCUCGGGUUGGAGGGAGCCGGGAGGAGCGGGAAGCCCCGAGGAGGGCAAGGGGAGCGGGCGGCCCGGACGGGCUGGGGCUGCUAUUCUGCCAUUGCUCUCACCUCCGCCCAGCCCACCCCGGACCCCGCUCGUCAGCCAACUCCGUCCCCGAGCCGGAGCCGGGGCCGGGGCCACAAGCCCGCGUCCUCGUGGCUGGAUGCAAAGCGGGUGGGGGCAGGGGCGCCGAGCGGAGCCCGAUCCCAGCCAGGGGCUGCGGGCUGCAGCCGAUGUGCGUGCGUGCAGGUGGCGGGCGGCAGACGGGCGGAUGACGGCACUGCCCCGAGCCAGCGCGGCGGCGUUCCCAGGGGAUGGCCACAGGUGGCCCCUUGACAGGGGGCAGUGAUGAAUGAACUGGAGCUGGGUCAGAGGAAGACAAGGAACUAUAACCUCCCCCGGUGAAGGACUCAACAUCUACCCCACCCACACUGCCCAUCCCUGAAUAGCAUGAUCUCCCCUAGAGGAAGGUCCCCUGGCCCACCAAUGGGUUACUGAGGACGCUAUUAGUGACCUGCAGAAAGCAGAAGAGGAAGGGAGUCAGCUUAGAAGCGAGCAAGCUUCCUCACUGAAGUCCCAACAUGUGGCUCCUUCUGGUUUACCUGGUAUUGGCCUGGGUGGCAGGGGCAGCUGCCGCUGUGCCUGUGGUGCCCUGGAGGGUACCAUGCCCACCCCAAUGCACCUGCCAGAUCCGGCCCUGGUACACCCCCCGCUCGGUGUACCGGGAGGCCACCACAGUGGAUUGCAAUGACCUGUUCCUGUCCUCUGUGCCCCCAGGGCUGCCCAUCGGCACCCAGACCCUCCUCCUGCAGAGUAACAACAUCGCUCGGGUGGAGCAGAGUGAGCUUGACUACCUGGCCAACCUGACCGAGCUGGACCUGUCCCAGAACAGCUUCUCCGAUGCCCGGGACUUUGGCCUUCGGGCCCUGCCCCAGCUACUGAGCCUUCACCUGGAGGAGAACCAGCUGACCCAGCUAGAGGACGACAGCUUCGUGGGGCUGGCAAACCUUCAAGAGCUCUAUCUCAACCACAACCAGCUUCGGCGAAUCUCUCCGGGGGCCUUCACGGGGCUGAGCAACCUCCUGCGGCUCCACCUCAACUCCAACCUGCUGCAGGCCGUGGACAGCCGGUGGUUCCAGGUCCUGCCGAACCUGGAGGUCCUCAUGAUAGGGGGCAACAAGGUGGAUGCCAUCCUGGACAUGAAUUUUCGGCCUCUGGCUAACCUGCGCAGCCUGGUGCUGGCGGGCAUGAACCUGCAGGAGAUCUCUGACUAUGCCCUGGAGGGGCUGCGGAGCCUAGAGAGCCUCUCUUUUUACGACAACAAACUGGCCCGAGUACCCAAGAGGGCACUGGAGCAUGUGCCUGGGCUCAAGUUCCUGGACCUGAAUAAGAACCCGCUGCAGAGGGUGGGCCCGGGUGACUUCACCAACAUGUUGCACCUCAAAGAGCUCGGACUGAACAACAUGGAGGAGCUGGUCUCCAUAGACAAAUUUGCCCUGGUCAACCUGCCCGAGCUCACCAAGCUGGACAUCACCAACAACCCGCGGCUCUCCUUCGUCCACCCCCGCGCCUUCCGCCACCUGCCCCAAAUGGAAACCCUUAUGCUUAACAACAAUGCCCUUAGUGCCUUGCACCAGCAGACGGUGGAAUCCCUGCCCAACCUGCAGGAGAUCGGGCUCCACGGCAACCCCAUCCGCUGUGACUGUGUCAUCCGUUGGGCCAACACCACGGGCACCCACGUCCGCUUCAUCGAGCCGCAGUCCACACUGUGCGCCGAGCCGCCCGAUCUCCAGCACUGCCCCGUCCGGGACGUGCCCUUCCGGGAGAUGACCAACCAUUGCCUGCCCCUCAUCUCUCCCCGGAGCUUUCCCCCGAGCCUUCAGGUGGCCAGUGGGAGGAACCUGGCUCUCCACUGCCGGGCCCUGGCUGAGCCAGAGCCUGAAAUAUACUGGGUGACUCCGGCGGGAGUGCGGCUGACUGCCUCCAGGGCAGGCGGAAGGUAUCGGGUCUACCCGGAGGGAACACUGGAGAUCCGAGAGGUCACUGAAGGUGAGGCCGGGCUCUAUACCUGUGUGGCCCAGAACCUGGUGGGGGCCGACACCAAAUCAGUCAGCCUGGCUGUUGGCAGCUCCCUCCCUAGAGGCAGUGACCAGGAGCGGGAGCUAGAACUGAGGGUUCAGGAAGUCUACCCGUAUCAUAUCCUGCUGCGCUGGGAGCCCCUCCCCAACACCAUCUCCACCAACCUUACCUGGUCCAGCUCCUCUUCCCUCCGAGGGCCGGGAACCACCGCCCUUGCCCGCCUUCCUGGGGGCACCCACAGCUACAACAUUACCCGCCUCCUCCAAGCCACCGAGUACUGGGCCUGCCUGCAGCUGGCCUUCGCCGAUGCCCACACCCAGGUGGCCUGCAUAUGGACGAGGACUAAGGAGGCUGGCCCCCGCCCUGGGGCCCUGGGGAGCCAUCUAGGCGUCCUUGCCGCUUUGGCGCUCACUGCCCUACUGCUAGCUGCCGGGCUGGCCAUUCACUGCGGCCUUUGCCCUACUAAACCAAGCGGGCGGGUGGGUGAAAAACCUCUCCUCCCACCCUGGGCUCCUUGGGGCCGAAGCGCCCCUUCCUUCCGAGUGGUAUCACCCCCCUUUGUCAAGCACUGGAAUCCAGGGAGGAAGCCCACAUUACUUGCAGAAGGGAAGAUGGUUGCACCAGGAACGCUCCAUGAUUCCUGAAGUUCGUCUUAUUCUUGGGGGUAGGGGAAUAACUAAGACUAUUUUUUACCAAAAGGGAAGAGGACUGGAACAGACAUCCCACUGUAAAAGUGAUGCGGACCCACACCCUUAAGGCAUGGCAGCUGGACAUGGACGGCCUGGACCCCCCACAGUCUCCUGCCCCUCAAAACACUGCCAUCGGUCCUCUGUGGGACCUCCCUGCUGCCUUCAUGAGGAUGCUUCCCAGGAGCAGGAGGUGCUCCCCUGAGACCCCCAUCCAGCCUGUGACCCCUUCAUCUGGGAGCCCCUUUGGACUUAGCUUGGAUCCUGGGCCCUGGCCCUACCCCUCGCCACCCCCCCCCCCACACACACACCCCCUCCCAGGGAGCCUAGCCUUUCUUUUCUCCUCUGUACAGUUUCACUUGCCUGCUCUUACCCCUCCUAGCCCUGGCCAGGGCUAGUCUCUCCUUCCACCCCAAAGGAGCUCUCUCUGAAGGGGAAGGGAAUAACUUGCAUCUGGGGGAUGUGGAGAGGAAGGAGCUACCCAGUGCACUGUGGGGGAUCCUUAUCACCCAGAUGCCCACAGGACUAGGUCGCUCUGGAGCUGACUUUGCAAACAGUUUUGUACCUUUGUGGAGAAACAUGACACUUUCUCCUAUUUCUUCAAUUUACUCUCUUCUAAUUUGGAAAGGGGAAGGCAGGAAGGAAGGAAGGAGGGGAGGGGAAGGGGAAGGGGAAAGGAGGAGAAAAAGAAGGGAAUGGGAGAGAGGAGGAAGGAAGAAAGGAAGAAGAGAGGAUAGGAGAAAGAGAGGAGAGAAAAUCCUUUGUAUUGCAGUGUAUAGCUAGAUAAUUCCCUGUUCAGAAAUCACCUCUUCAAAACCAGGACAGAGAAGGCUGAGAUGAGACAGGGAGGAAGGAAUGGAGAUAGAAGGAUUGUUUUUUCAUUUCAGUUUCCAAAAAUUGAUACUCUAAUCAUCUCUGCUCACCUGCCAAUAAACCCCCCUGGAUCCCUGGAAAUGUACAAAGUGCUUUUAGCUCCCGAGGGACAAUACAGGGAGGGGAAAAGCAUGACACAGGAAGAGAGGGGGAGAGAAAACAAAGCUGAGAGACAGAGAUGGGGCAAGAGAUAGAGAGGGAGACAGAGGAAAUUUCCAUCAUUAAACAUUGUCACCCCUUCUUCUCUGAUAAGCAAUUAACAUUGCAAAUGCAACAUACCACUGCAUGGGAAGCACUUCCCAGCCUGUUUCUAAUUAAACCAACCUGAGAGCCUAGAAGGGACUUGCAAACCAUAAAAAAGUCAGCAGUUUGACUCCGGGAGGAGCAGGGGUAGCUAGUGUGAUGGGAGGUUGGGCGAGGGGAAGGAUGUGGGAGGAGGAAAUUGCUGCAAUUAUCUUUCCGUUCAGUCUCUGUAUUGUUUGUAAUGAGCCCAACUUGCUUUUUGGUAUUUUUAUUUAUCGGAUUGACUUCUUAGGACCAAAUGUGAACAGGAACAUUUGUUGAUAACCCACUGUUAUAAUAGCGGUGCCAAUAAAGCAGGGGAAGGGGGCUGCUGUGGACCCCAGUGAAGACUA